UACAUAAGCAUUUGAAGGCGCGCCUAACCAUAAAUUUUUAUUAUUGUUUCCUUUUUCUCUCGCUGUCUCUUUUUUUUCCGUCUUUAAUUUUUAUAUUUUUAAUGGCAGAAGCAUUUUUAGGUUUGAAAGCAACCAUUUUAUUACAUAAUGGAGCCAAGAUCGAAGGAACCAUAUCUGAUGUUGACCCGAAUACAAAGCAGAUUACCUUAAAAGAUGGUAAUAUAUCAUGAUCAACAUACAUGUAUAACAACUCAUGAAUGCAUAACAGCCACACUCCAUUUCUUUGGCCAAUUGCCAUAUCAUACACCCAUCCACGGUGUAUACGGAAGAGAUAUUAAGGAUUUAUUCGCGGAGUCAUACCCACAGCAUGAACCAGAACUGAUCACACCAUCGCUGUCAACGUCAAAAAGCAAGAAAAGAAAACAGCGACAAAAUCGGAAAAAUAUGAACAAUAACAAAAAUGCUCAAGGUUGGGCUGAUACAGACGUAAACAGCUUUCGAGAAGAAGAAUUUGAUUUUCAAAAGCACCUGGACAAGUUUAAUAAAGCUGAAAUAUUUGCAGAAAUUCAAGACUCGGAUAAAACAUCAAAAGAGGAUCUUCUCGUUACUCACAAUCGACUACCACAAAGAAACUUGUUACCAACAGAGAACGUACUCGACGCGCCCGUAAAACCACCUUCUCCUCCUCCUUCGUCGAUUAGAGCACCUGCAAUAUCGACGGCUUUAAAGACCGCGACGAGUGGUACACCCUGCCCACUGCUGUCCGUCACUGAGUUAAUACGUAUUCAGCGUAAAUGUACCGCGGUAUCACCACGUUUUGAAGACUUGGCGAUCGAAAAUAGCGCGCGAGGAGCGGCUGUCCUGGCCAUGCGCCUUCUCCGCCACAGUCACUUAUCGUCUUCUAUUGUUAUUCUUGCAGGCAACACUCGGAUCGGCGCUAUCGGUCUCGCCACGGCUCGUCUGUUGAUCGAUCGCGGAUAUCCCGCCACGAUCUGCAUCGUCUGCCAUGAUAGACAAGCCCUUUGCCCUGAUGUCGCUCGUGAAGAAGAGCUGUUGCACAACUUUGGUAUACCCGUCGUUUAUGAUCCCUCAAGAAUUCAAGGCGCAUAUGAUCUGGUCAUGGAUGCGAUUCUUGGGUCAGAAAAUAAGCUGAUGGACAAUAUUGCCGAAUUUCAUGCGUGGACAAAGGCAAUCAGCUGGGCAAAUCAGCAACCAAAGCCGAUCAUGAGCAUUGAUUUUCCAAGUGGCGUCGAUGCUGACACAGGCCACCCGCAGCACGCUCAAUACUUUAUUCAUCCUCAAUGGACUGUCUGUCUCGGUGCCCCCAAGUUGGGGUGCAAAUCAACAAGGACCACAGGCGCCCUUUAUUUAGUGGACAUCGGCAUACCACGAAAAAUGUGGGAACAGGCUGGCAUAGAUAUGUCCAAUAUCUUUUGGGAGGCAGAAACGCUGGUUAAUCUCACGUACGAUGCUACCUAAGCUAUGGGUAAUAAAUCUGAAUUUUUCCGAUUGAUGACUUUUCCAAGUAAAUGGG